CCAAGGUGCCAAAACCAUCGAAUCUAAGGUCUACUAAUAAGUCUAUGCUAAGUUGUCCUAAAUUAUCAUAAGUCUUUUUUAUUACCUACCUAUGAUAGAGGUCCUAAUCUUUCUUGCCCCUUCUUGACCUUUAAAAGCACCAUAUCCAUGAGAUGAUUAUGCCUUUAAUCUCUGCCAUAAAUAAAUGUCCCAGGGCCGAAUAUUGAGAAGGUUUUGAUCAUUAGUUUACCAAUGAUUCUUCAAAAGAAGUUGUGCUCAUAUAUCUUGGUUAUAACCUCACUUUAAGCCCCUCCAAAUUUUGGGAGCUCUAGAGAACAGACGUUUCGAUACCAAGGACAAAAGUCAUGGACACGGCAAUUGUUCAAGCUCAAAUGAUGAAGGUACCUAUUCAUAAUCUGAAAAAGGAAAACUCGCACAUGAUCACCCGAGUAUAAAUUGGCAAAUUCUCUGUUCUCUCACUCCCGAUCUCAACCCGAGGUACUCCCGACCAACUGAGACCCACACCAUCCAAUGUAAGCCAUCUCAAACCUCAAAACACCAAAUCUGCAAGAAACAACAUGUCGACGAUAUAACAAGAGUUUUUACAACAUGGACUCCCCAAUUGUGGCCCAAAUCUUCCGCCAACUCUUCCACCACCGACCCCCAGGCUGUAAAGGCGUCAGAAACCUCGCCGGUCUUCGCAAUGGCCUUCGAACCACUAUCGUCAGUCAUCAGAGCCGCUUCUACGUUGUGGGACGACCCUCUAGUGAUCGCGGAAUGAAGAAAAACGAGAGUCGAUGGCAGCAGCGCACGAACAUUCUGCCCCAAGACCGAUCUGCCGAGUUUGCCGAGUACCCCUACAUAACGAUUGACGAGCUCAAGCAACGAACCGAACGACCGCGAAAGGUCAAGAUGCUGCUGAGAGACUUUAUUGACGGCAUGACACUCGAGUAUCCCUCUCGGAAUGGAAGAAUAACGUAGCUAUAGACAGUCUUUACAACCCCUCAUAUGGAUACUUCUCCAAGCAAGCCGUCAUCUUCAGCCCCGGCGAGCCAUUCGACUUCAACUCAAUGCGCGAUGAAAUUGAGUUCCAGGCCGAGCUAGGCCGUCGCUACACCGAAUUCGAGGAUAUUCUUGAUGAGAGAGAAGGAGAGAACCCAACACGCCAGCUAUGGCAUACGCCUACCGAGCUCUUUCGUCCCUACUACGGCGAAGCCAUCGCCCGCUACCUCGUCACGAAUUAUCGUCUCACCACAUACCCAUACCACGAUCUUCUGAUCUACGAAAUGGGCGCUGGCCGUGGAACGCUCAUGCUCAACAUCCUGGACUAUAUCCGAGAAGUCGAUCCUCAAGUGUACGCCCGCACAAAGUUCAACAUCAUCGAGAUUUCCUCCACGCUCGCUGCGCUGCAAAACAGACAUCUUCUCUCCACGGCUGCGUCUCGAGGCCACGCGGAUAAGGUCGAGAUUAUCAACCGCUCCAUCUUCGACUGGGACCAAUACGUGCCGUCACCGUGUUUCUUUCUCGCCAUGGAGGUCUUCGACAACUUCUCCCACGAUGGUAUCCGCUACGACGUUGCUACCGAGCAGCCCCUGCAAGGCCACGUGCUGAUCGAUGGCGACGGCGACUUUUACGAAUUCUACUCUCAAGAGUUGGACCCUCUUGCUGCACGAUACUUCUGUGUCAGACACGCUGCCACAGGGGGAAACUAUCCGAAACCGUACGCCAGCAAUGCUGUUCUACGAUAUUUAUCCACCAAGAUACCGUUUGCUGCCAAUCUCUCAGAUCCGGAAUUUAUCCCCACACGGCUAAUGCAGUUCUUUGACGUUCUUGAGAAAUACUUCCCAGGGCAUCGUCUUGUGACUUCUGACUUUGACUGGCUACCUCAAGCUGUCAAGGGUAUGAAUGCACCUGUGGUUCAGACACGGUACCACAGAAAGAUGGUGCCUGUUACAACCCCAUUGGUCCAUCAAGGAUACUUCGAUAUUCUGUUCCCAACAGAUUUCCGCGUCACAGAGGCCAUCUACCGCGCCAUCACGGGCAAGUUGACUCGUGUUAUGUCGCAUGGUGAUUUCAUGCGCAAGUGGGCAUACGUUGAGGACACCGAAACCCGAAGCGGAGAGAAUCCCUUGAUAUCAAACUACCGCAACGCCAGCGUUCUUGUAACUGUAUAAAAUUAGCCGUGAACAAAAGUCAAAGCAAAGGGCUAUUUCGAAGGAGCAAGAAAACACCGAACCUUAAUAUAAGGUGUCAAAAUAAACUCAGCAAAAGAUAUCCUAAAUUUAGUAAAUAUAUCCUACAUUUAUGCAAAUU